UCCCAAGCGCCAAACCCUCUCCCCAUCCGUCUUCCUCGUGCUCUCCGCCCCUCCCCUUCUCCCCUCCCAUCCUCUCCUCUCUUUAUACGCCUCCGCCCCGAGCUCUCCUCCCCCAUUCCGCCGCAUUACGUCGCGCACACGGGCAGGGGAGAGCCGGCAGCGGAGAGAGAGCAGGAGACGAGAUGGCGGCCGCGUCCUUCACCGCCGCCAAGUUCCUGGCGCCGGCGGCCGCGAGAUCCGGCGGCGACCGGGCGCCCUUCCCCGCGCCGUCCGCGUUCUCCAUGCGCUCGCUCCGCCACAGGCCCGCCAGGCGCCUCAGCUCCGUCCUGGCCGUCUCCUCCGACGUGCUCAAGGCCGCGCCCGCCGCCGCCGCGUACCCGGCUGUGACACGCGAAGAGGCAUUGGAGCUUUACGAGGACAUGAUCCUUGGCCGUAACUUCGAAGACAUGUGCGCGCAAAUGUACUACCGUGGCAAGAUGUUUGGUUUCGUCCAUCUUUACAACGGGCAGGAGGCCGUCUCCACCGGCUUCAUCAAGCAGCUGAACCAACCCGACUGUGUCGUCAGCACGUACCGUGACCACGUCCACGCGCUGUCCAAGGGUGUCCCGGCCCGUGCAGUCAUGGCCGAGCUCUUUGGCAAGGCCACUGGCUGCUGCCGUGGACAGGGUGGUUCCAUGCACAUGUUCUCUGAACCCCACAACCUCCUUGGAGGCUUUGCCUUCAUUGGCGAGGGCAUCCCUGUCGCCACUGGCGCUGCCUUUGCCGCCAAGUACCGCCAUGAGGUGCUCAAGCAGUCUAGCCCUGAUGGGCUUGAUGUCACACUUGCAUUCUUUGGGGACGGUACCUGUAACAACGGCCAGUUCUUUGAGUGCCUGAACAUGGCUCAGCUGUGGAAGCUUCCGAUUAUUUUUGUUGUGGAGAACAACCUAUGGGCAAUCGGGAUGUCUCACCUUAGGUCUACUUCAGAUCCCGAGAUCUGGAAGAAGGGCCCAGCAUUCGGAAUGCCUGGGGUACACGUCGAUGGGAUGGAUGUCCUGAAGGUCAGGGAGGUGGCUAAGGAGGCAAUUGACAGGGCAAGGAGAGGUGAAGGACCAACUCUAGUGGAAUGUGAAACUUACCGGUUCAGAGGCCACUCUCUUGCUGAUCCAGAUGAACUCAGGAGGCCCGAUGAGAAAUCUCACUACGCCGCAAGGGACCCCAUCACCUCCCUGAAGAAGUACAUCAUCGAGCAGAACCUCGCGUCCGAAGCCGAGCUGAAGAACAUCGAGAAGAAGAUUGACGACGUCGUCGAAGAGGCUGUGGAGUUUGCCGACGCGAGCCCGCUGCCCCCACGGAGCCAGCUGCUGGAGAACGUGUUUGCCGAUCCCAAGGGCUUCGGCAUCGGCCCCGACGGCAAGUACAGGUGCGAGGACCCCAAGUUCACCCAAGGCACGGCGCAAGUCUAAGGGCCGCUGCUGCAGAAGCAGCUUGUUUACGCCUCUUUUCUCAUGUACUACCUCUCUAGCUACCCUGCCCCUAGUUUUGUCGAUCCCGCCGUCGAUUUCUUGUGUUGUUAGAGGUCACAUAUCACUGUAAUUCAUUGCUCGCUGUGCCACCGUGCGGCGUCUGAUGCCCCCAGUUUUUUUUACCCAAGAAAUGUUCCCCAGUCCAGUUGUUGUUCUACAGUAACUCUACAUCUGUCUGGUUUGUAGUAAUUGGUACAGAUAUUGGAAGAGAUGUGAAACAUAAUAGUAUCUGUUGAAACUGUUCUA